AUGGAAUCAAAACAAAAACAAAAAAAAAAACCAAAACUCAAAAGAAAUAAUGAUAGAAAUAGUGGCAGAAAUUGUGGCGGAAGUAAAAAAAUGAAAACGAGUUCGCAUGAAGUUUCAAGUGACUAUGAUAAAGAUACAUCGAAUUUAAGUCAAGUAUUAAAAAAAUUGUGUUAUUACAAAAAAAAUAAAAAAAAUGUAAAUUUAUUACAAGAAGUAAAAAAAAUAACAGUAAAUUUUAUAAAUGAUCUUAAUGAUGAUUUAACAAAAUAUUUGAAUGAUGAAAAUAGCAAAUUUAAAGACAUGUAUUCAAAAAGUAUAAGAUUAAUAAAAAAUUGUAAAAUUUUAGGAAGCUUUAAAAAUAAUAUGUAUUUAAAUAAUAACCUAAAUAUUGAUUUGGGUAUAGAAUAUAGUUUAGAUAUAGAUUCAGGAAAAAAAGCAAAAUAUAAAAAUUUCCAUAAAUAUCAUAAUAUGUAUGUUAAUUUAAUAAAAAUGUUAUUUUAUAAAAAAAAAUUUGUAAAUUAUUUAGAUAAAGCAAAAUUAAAACAUAAUAUUAAUAUAUCUGUUUCUACAAAAACAUGGAUAAAUAAAUGUAAAUCUGUAAUUGUGUUAAAUGUGUUAAACAAUAAAAAAUAUGUUGGAAAUAUUAUUAUAAUUUUAUUUCCUACAAAACAAGUUGCAUUAAGUAUGCAUUCUGUAUAUAAAAAAUAUUAUAAAAAUUAUAAAUUAGUUUCAAAUAACAAUAUAAUAAAAGAAAAUAUGAAUGAUCAAAAUGCAUCUAUGACAUCAAAUGAAAAUUGUAUCAAUAAAGAAGACAUUCUAAAAAAUAAAACAACUUAUAAAAAUCUCAAAAUAAAUUUAUUAAAAAAAUUUUUUAUUUCUGAAUUUUAUAUUAUUAAAUGUGAUCAAAUAAUAAAAAAUUCUGUUCAAAAUUAUCAAGGAUAUAAAGAAGCAGUUAAAUUGUUGAAACUGUGGUGUAUGAAUAAAAAAUUGUUAUUUACAUAUUAUGUAUAUAAUGCUGAAAAAAAAGGAGAAAAAAAAGGAGAAAACACAAGUUAUGAUCAAAAAUAUGAAGUUUCAAAUUAUUUAUAUUAUACUGAUGUUAAUUCAUUUGCAUUAGGGCUUGUAUGUUCUCAUGUAUGUUUUACAUUAAAUCUAAAAAAUUCAAAUUUUUUACAAAUUUUUAAAGAAACUAUUAAAUUUUUAAGUACCUUUGAUAUUUCACAAAAUAUGAUGACAUAUAAUAAUGGAAUAUAUACAACAUUGAAAAAGAAUAAUAAUAAUUCUGACGAAAUACAAGAGAACAUUUUUUUGAUAGAUAAAAUAUAUGAUAUAUUUCAAGAUAAUUAUUAUUCUUUUUAUGAAUUAAUUUAUGAAUCAAAAAAAGCACAUUUUUAUUUAAAUUCAAAUACAAUUACUAUAUAUGAUAAUUAUUAUGAAAUUUUUUUAUCUAAUUUAAAAUGUUUUCCUAUGAACUUUGAGGAACGUAUUCUAUUCCCUUUAUUUGUAUCAAAUAAUUAUACAAAUUAUAACAAAGAAAUUAUCUAUUUAAAAAAUAUAUUAAUAGAAUCUUUAAAUGAUAGAGUUGAAGAUAUCUGUAUUCGAUUGAUAUCCUUUCCAAUUUUAGAGACUCGAAAGGGGAAGGAAAGCAUACAAGAUGGGUCAGAUGUAGCAAAUGUGGCAGAUGUAGCAGAUGUGGCAGAUGUGGCAGAUGUGGCAGAUGUGGCAGAUGUGGCAAAUGGGGCAGACAUUGAUAUGUUAGACCCAUUUCAGGAACUACAUUUAAGCGUUAAAAAUAGAAAAGAUAAAGUUGUUGCUGGAAAUGUAUUUGAAAAAUUGAACACGAAAAAGAUGAUACAUGGGCUAUGCCUUUUUAUAAAUACAAAUAACACAGCGAGAAUAUUUGACAUAUCAUCUGUUUUAUAUAAUCCUGAAAAUGUUUCUAGUUUUAAACAGUUUUGGAAAAAUAAGGCAAAGAUAAAGCGAUUUGAAAACAACACGAUAUAUGAGAUAGUGCAGUGGAAGCGACCCGCAAAAAAUGUAAAAAUAAAAAAGGAAGAAAAAAAGGAAGAAAAGGAAGAAGAGACCGACUCGAUUGGGGGUUCUAAUAAUUCUGAACAGACCCAAAAUAAAGUGUUCGACGCGAUGUUUAGUGAAUUAUAUCCUGACAAAAAAACGAACUCUGUUCAUGUUCAAAUCAUUAAAUAUAUAUUAAAAAAAAAUAAAUAUAAAGAAUGUAAUAAUAUACAAAAUUUAAUGACAAAUAAAUUUAUAAAAUAUAUAAAAAAAAAUGACCAUUUUAUGUAUUGUAAUAAAAAAUUAAAAAAAAAAUUGUCUUUUUUUAUUUAUUUUUCAAACCCCUUAUUAAUUAAAGAUAUAAAUAAUUUAAAUUAUGAUAAAAUACAUGAAGAAUAUAAUGAAAUAAAAACAGUUUUAUAUAAAAUAGAUGAAAAAUUAUUCACCAUUUCUAAUAUUAACAGUUCUAAUCAAUUAUUAAAAAUGUCCGAUUUAGGAUAUAAAAUAAAUUCUAAUAUAAUUGUAAUAGAUAUUAUUAUUGACAUAAAAUUUAACAACCCCAUGAUAUAUAAAAAUGCAGAAAAUUUUUAUAAAAAUUAUGAAAUAACAAAAGAAAUUAUAAAAAGAUAUUUUUUGGAAGAUGAAAAUAAAUUAAUUAAAAAUGUUAAAAAAAGAAAUACAUAUAUAGAUAUUUAUUUUGAUUCUACACUAUUCCGAUUACAUUUAUUUUUUAAAAAAGUUGUAGAAAAAAAAUUGUUACAAAUAACAAAUAUAAAUGAUGCUAAACUUGAAAGUGGUGAAAGUGGUGAGAAUGGUGAAAGCGAUGAAAGUGUAGACAGAAUCAGAAAUUUUGUAUACAAACCUAUUAUAUCAUCAUAUAUUUUUUAUUAUUCUACUAAAUUUUAUACUUUCCAUACUUCUAUCAAAAUAUGUAAAUUAUGGCUAGCUUCAAAAGGAGUUCCAGAUUUUGACGAUUUGGUUGAAAAUGUUUUAUUUCAUAUUUAUACUAUUGAAUAUAAAAAACAUAAUCAAAUUCAUAAUUUUUUUAAAAAUUCAAAUAUUGUCACAGGAAAUAGAGAACUAAAGGAGUUGUCUCUUCAUCUUCAGCAUAAUGACAGUCAAGACCGAAAAUUUGAAAAAAAUGGAAAAGGCGAAAAAAGUGGCGAAAAAAAUGGAAAAGGCGAAAAGAGUGGCGAAAUAGACGAUUCCCAUUUGAAUAGCUUUUCAUUUUCAUCUCAAAUUAUUUUAUCAAAAUUUUUAAAAUUUAUUACAAGCUAUGAUUGGGAAAAUAAGCCACUUAUUAUGGAUUAUAACAAUUCUAUGACAGAAGAACAAAAAACAAAACUGAUAAAUAUAUUUAUCACAAAAAAGAAGAACAGUUUAAAUGGCAAAACUGGCAAAACUGGCAAAUACUUUUGGAUAGCAUCAAUAUAUGAUCCCCAUUCCAUUUUAAUAACAUUACCUAAUAAUUUAUUUCAUUAUAUAUUGUCAGUUGCAAAAAAUGAUCUUAUUAAUAUAAAAAGAUUGUAUAAUAAAUUUGAAAAAGAAAAAUGGAUGAGUUUGUUUCUUAUGAAUAAAAUAGGGUGUGAUCUCAUUUUAAAAUUAAAUCCUCCAAAAAAAUUAACAAAUAAUAAAUCUUCUAUGAUACAAAUACAGAAUGAUUAUAACAUAGAAGACAUAAAUUUGAUUCCAGAACAUUUUAACAAACCUAUAGAUGAUAUAUUACCAUUAUUAAAUAAAUAUGAAUUAAUACAUAUUUAUGAAAUGCAUUUUACUAAUUUUGUAAAAAAGUUAAAAGAUAAUUUGUCUUCUCAAAUUAUAAUUUUAUAUAAUCCCUUAUGUUUUAAUGAUCAAGUUAAUAUUUCAAAUUUUAGAAAAAAAAUAAAAAAAAAAUUAGAUGUAUUUAAUUUUACAAAAUAUACAUCAAAAUCAUGGAUGCCAUUUAUCUUUGUUACAUUUGAUCCCAAAACAAUUCAAAAUAUAUCUUUGCAAAAUUUGAACACUACUAAUUUGGUACAUGAUGAUAUAUUAAAGAAUGACAUAUUAUCUCUUAACAGCUUUAAUACAUUUAUAUUUUAUCUAAAAAAUAAUGCAAGCGAAUUGUUGCGUAGUGUGCAUUUCCCACAACUAUGA